GCGCGGGGCGGGAGCAGCCGAGGCUGCCGAGGGAGGAAGCGGCGCGGCCCGUCUCGGCCCGGCCAUCGCGGCGAUGGAGCAGUUAUCAGAUGAAGAACUUGACCAUGGUGCUGAAGAAGACAGCGACAAAGAAGAUCAGGAUCUCGACAAAAUGUUUGGUGCUUGGCUCGGGGAGCUGGAUAAACUUACGCAGAGUUUGGAUACUGACAAGCCGACAGAACCAGUAAAAAGAUCUCCUCUUCGCCAGGAAACAAACAUGGCCAAUUUUUCUUAUCGCUUCUCCAUGUACAACUUGAAUGAAGCUUUGAAUCAGGGAGAAACUGUGGAUUUGGAUGCUUUGAUGGCUGAUCUUUGCUCUAUAGAGCAGGAACUCAAUAGCAUUGGAUCUGGAAACAGUAAGCGUCAAACCACAGAAACAAAAGCUGCUCUGAAAAUACCUGCUAGCCGACAUACCUUGAAACAUGGCACCCUGAAAGGAUUGUCCUCUUCAUCUAACAGGAUAACCAAACCUUCACCUGCCAACUACUCUUUGGAUGACAUUACUGCACAAUUAGAACAGGCUUCUCUCAGCAUGGAUGAAGCUGCUAAGCAGUCAAUAAUGGAAGAUGCCAAACCUACAGUGAUUAAUCAGCACAGGAGAACAGCAUCAGCAGGUACAGUGAGUGAUGCUGAAGGACGCUCUAUUAGCAAUUCAUCUCGUUCAAGCAUUACUUCUGCAGCUUCCAGCAUGGAUUCUUUGGAUAUUGAUAAGAUGACACGUCCCCAAGAACUAGAUUUAACACAUCAGGGGCAACCAGUUACUGAGCAUUUUAGUUCUAUGGGAUGUGCCAGCAAGCAGGCCAAGUAUCAGAUUGACUUCAUGGAAGAAGAGACUGAGCUAACUCCUCAUUCCUAUCUGGACAGGGAAACCUCCCUCCUUCUGAGAAACAUUGCAGGAAAACCUUCUCAUUUGCUGACCAAGGAAGAACAGGCAGCCAAAGUGAAGGCAGAAAAGAUCCGAGAGGCCCUGGAGAAGAUUAAAGAAGCCCAAGUGAAGAAGCUUGUAAUUAGAGUCCACAUGUCUGAUGACAGCUCCAAAACAAUGAUGGUAGAUGAGAGGCAGACAGUGAGACAAGUAUUGGAUAACUUGAUGGACAAAUCACACUGUGGCUAUAGUUUAGACUGGUCACUAGUAGAAACUAUCUCCGAAUUACAAAUGGAGAGAAUCUUUGAAGAUCAUGAAAACUUAGUUGAAAAUCUUCUAAACUGGACAAGAGAUAGUCAAAACAAGCUUAUAUUUGUGGAACGUAUAGAAAAAUAUGCACUUUUCAAAAACCCCCAGAACUAUCUCCUAGGAAGAAAGGAAACAUCUGAGAUGGCAGACAGAAAUAAAGAAGUGCUGCUGGAGGAGUGUUUUUGUGGGAGUUCUGUGACAGUCCCAGAACUUGAAGGAGUAUUGUGGCUGAAAGAUGAUGGCAAGAAGUCCUGGAAAAAACGCUAUUUUCUUUUGCGAGCUUCUGGUAUCUACUAUGUUCCUAAAGGAAAAGCAAAGGUUUCUCGGGACCUUGUAUGCUUUCUUCAGCUGGAUCAUGUCAAUGUUUACUAUGGACAAGAUUAUCGGAACAAAUACAAAGCACCUACAGACUAUUGCUUGGUCCUGAAGCACCCACAGAUCCAAAAGAAAUCUCAGUAUAUCAAGUAUCUUUGUUGUGAUGAUGUUAGAACUCUGCAUCAAUGGGUAAAUGGCAUCCGGAUUGCAAAGUAUGGAAAACAGCUCUACCUAAAUUAUCAAGAAGCCCUAAAGAGAACAGAGUCAGCCUAUGACUGGACCUCCUUGUCUAGUUCCAGUAUCAAAUCUGGAUCAAGUUCUUCUAGCAUCCCAGAGUCUCAGUCGAAUCACUCUAAUCAGUCUGAUAGUGGAGUUUCUGAUACCCAGCCAACAGGACAUAUUCGUUCCCAAAGUAUCGUGAGCUCCAUCUUUUCAGAAGCUUGGAAACGAGGGACUCAAUUGGAAGAGUCCAGCAAGGCCAGAAUGGAGUCUUUGAACCGACCUUACACUUCACUUAUGCCCCCUUUAUCCCCACAGACUAAGACAGUCGCCCCCUAUACUGCUUCACAGCCUUCCCCCCCUCUCCCCCCUCCCCCGCCUCCUCCCCCACCUCCUCCGCCCCCCCCACCGCCCCCACCCCCUCCUCUCCCUAGCCAGGCUGCCCCUUCCUCAGUUUCAGCAGCCACAAUGUUUGUGAAAUACAGCACGAUAACCAGGCUUCAGAACGCUUCUCAACAUUCAGGACCUCUCUUUAAACCCCCGCCACCCCUGGGGACCCAGCAAAUGUCAGCAGCCUCCCAGUCAGGAAAGCCUCAACUGCUGGUGCCUCCUAAUGGGGUGGUUCCCCCCCCCCCCCCCCCCCCCCCCCCCCCCCCCCCCCGGUGCCCCCCCCCCCAGCCGGUACCAAGACGGCAUCACCCAUCCCCCUCCCCGUCCCCACCCCUCCGAUGCCCCCGGCCAAAAAGCAGCCCGUCUUUCCCAUUUCCCAGAUUCCUCCAUCUCCCUCCGCUCUUCCUAGCCCGGUUCCCCCACCGACCUUACCAAAGCAGAGCUUCUGUGUAAAACCACCUCCUUCUCCGCAGUCUCCAGGGCCAUCUGUGGUGAAGCAGAUAGCCAGCCAGUUCCCCCCCCCCCCCCCGCCCCCCCCCCCGCCCGAGCCUCACCCUUUGAAGCCCGGGCCGCUGAGCGUGAUGCCACAGUCUCCCCCCGCCGUGAAGGCCAAGCCCAAGUGGCAGCCCAGCUCGGUGCCAUCCCCGGACUUUCCUCCACCUCCACCCGAGAGCAUCCUU